CAAGUGGCUGGAAGGAGUGAUGGUUUAGGAAGAGUGAGCAGCAGCAGGGCCACUGGCAGAGGCUUAUACAGACAAUGCCUGGCACAUCGGGCUUAGGCUUGCCACCGGUGGUGCUUCCAAACCCGGGGAGCAGGUAGCCGUUCACCUGCGCCAUCAGGAACCUGAGCCCAAAGUGCUAGAGAGCCUAGCCAGGGAGUAGCAGUGGGUGAGUGACAGGUGGGCUGGGACUUGGGGCUCCUGAUUAAGACACAGGGUCCUGAGGGGAGGGACCAGGAAGGGUGGCCUUGAGAAGGACAUCCUUGCCAGCCUCGGGCAGUAGGCUUCUAGGGGGAGACUAGAGCAAGGAGCCAGCCAGGUGUCGGCCCAGGGUCACCCAAAGCUGGCUGAAGAGGAGAGGCCCACUGCAUCCCCUUGGGCCAGAGCGCACAGGCCAGGCCCUGGAGGAUCUCAGGCUGCACCAGGCUUGCUGGACACAGGCUCAUUUUCUUUCUAGGGCUUUCUGUCUUGCUCUACCUUCUCUCCAGCCAGCUGCAGCUCCUGCUGACCUAUGUCACCCCAGUGUAGGUCAUCCAACAGUGACUCAUGGCCCCCAGCUUCCUGGCUCGAUGAGGAUGGCAGGGAAGGGACGCAGCCGGCGCUGAUGCUUGGAGGCCUCCAGGGAUGGAGAGUGGCCUGGCUGGCGACGGCACAGGAGCCGGGCUGGUGAUGAAGGUCAAGCAGGAGAAGCCGGAGCGGCUGCUGCAGACGCUGGUGCCGCAGGCCAUGCUUGCGGAGAAGGACAAGGAGAACAUCUUCCAGCAGCACCCGGGCCUCCCUCCACGCCAGACCUUGGGGUGGUCUCGAGCCCUAGGGGCACAGGAGGAGUCUGGGAGUCCCAGGUGGGCCCCUCCCGCUGAGCAGGAUGCGGGGCUGGCAGGCCGGGCUCCCGGGGCAGCCUCUGGCCCCCUGAGCCUGGCGCUUUCCGCCAGUGAGGGUCAUUUCGUGUGCCUAGACUGCGGGAAGAGGUUCAGCUGGUGGUCGUCCCUGAAGAUCCACCAGCGCACCCACACCGGGGAGAAGCCGUACCUCUGUGGCAAGUGCGGCAAGAGCUUCAGCCAGAAGCCAAACCUGGCGCGCCACCAGCGGCACCACACGGGCGAGCGGCCCUUCUGCUGCCCCGAGUGCACGCGGCGCUUCAGCCAGAAGCAGCACCUGCUCAAGCACCAGAAGACCCACUCCCGGCCGGCCACCCACUCCUGCCCCGAGUGCGAGCGCUGCUUCCGCCACCAGGUGGGCCUCCGCAUCCACCAGCGCGCGCACGCCCGGGACCGCCAGGGUGCCAGCGCCGGCCUGCACGAGCUGCUCCGGGAUGCGGCGUCGCGCCGGGCCUGUCGCCUGCGGCCUGGGCCGCCGCGGGGGCUCCCCGAGUGGGCCUGGCUAGGACUCUGCCAGGGCUGGUGGGGCCAGCCCGGGGCCCGGACCGCCGUCUCCCGCCCCUCGGGGCCGGGCGAGCCGCGCCAGUUCAUCUGCAACGAGUGUGGCAAGAGCUUCACCUGGUGGUCGUCGCUGAACAUCCACCAGCGCAUCCACACGGGGGAGCGGCCUUAUGCGUGCCCAGAGUGCGGCCGCUGCUUCAGCCAGAAGCCCAACCUGACGCGGCACCUGCGCAACCACACGGGCGAGCGCCCGCACCCCUGCCCGCACUGCGGCCGCGGCUUCCGCCAGAAGCAGCACCUGCUCAAGCACCUGCGCACGCACCUGCCGGGCGCCCAGGCAGCGCCCUGCCCCAGCUGCGGUAAGAGCUGCCGCAGCCGUGCCGCGCUGCGCGCCCACCAGCGCGCCCAUGCCGCUGCCCAGCCCGCCGUCCCAGCCGGCGAAUCGGGCGACCAGCCUCAAGCCGAGGUCAUCCCGGGCUUGGCCGCGCGGCCGCGGAGCCCCCAACGGCCCCCGGGGGCCCGGGACGCACUGUGGGGCCGGGGACGCGCAGGCCUGGCCGGGCCUGGCGAGCCGCGCCAGUUCAUCUGCAACGAGUGCGGCAAGAGCUUCUCGUGGUGGUCGGCGCUCACCAUCCACCAGCGCAUCCACACAGGCGAGCGGCCCUACCCGUGCCCCGAGUGCGGCCGCCGCUUCAGCCAGAAGCCCAACCUGACGCGGCACCGGCGUAACCACACGGGCGAGCGGCCCUAUCUGUGUCCCGCCUGCGGCCGCGGCUUCAGCCAGAAGCAGCACCUGGUCAAGCACCAGCGCGUGCACCGCGCGGCCCCUGCGCCCAGCGCCAAGGAAGAGGCACGCUAGUGGGCGGGACCCCCGCGGACCCGUGCUUGUGGUGGUGGCGGGGGAUGCCACAGCGGGACUAGUGAAUUCCUCAAAGCUCUCAAGACCUGAGAACAGUUCCAGAAGCAUCCCAAAGGGUGCCGGGAAAGGUCCCAGCGUGGGUUGAAGGAGGAGGGAAGAUCCGAGUUUCCCACCGCAGGCCUGGAUGUGACCACCCUCUUCAGAGGUUGGACCUCAGGCUUCAAGCACCGAGUGAGGGGUCUGUUGGGGACACUGGGAGAGGAUCCUGGUGUGAAGUGGCCCGGGUCUGGACUGGUCAGCUGUGGCACCACCCCACCCAGACUGCAGGAUGGCCGGGGGUUGCCCCUGUGGGAGAAUCGCCACAGACUAGGUGAUACCAAGGAUGGAAGCCAGAGGUCGUGGCAAGGGAGAGCCAAGCAUAUUCCCAGCACCAGGGCCAGUGCUGGCACGUCAUAGGCAUCCAAUAAAUAUUUUUGGAAGGAGUGA